AUGUCCUCGCCGACAAUGUUCAAACAAAGCUACACCAUGGAAGCGGCUGGCUCUAGCCCCCGUGAGAAACAAACCCUGAGCUUCAGCCACAGACAGCCGGUAUCUUCCCACUCUCCUCCCUCGCGCAGACGCAAGUCCUCCUUCACCACCUCAUCCUCGCCGUACGCUCGCAGACGCUCGUUUCUGUCCAAAUCCAUGCUUGAAAACGACAACUUCCAGAUAUAUGAGCUGUCCUCCUCUGCACCGUCUGCGUGCUUCGUGUCGGAAGAGAACGGCUCGCGGGCCAGAAUCCCUUCUUUCUCAAUCAACCUCACUCAAUCACAGGGUUUCAUCUGGAAUCAGGACCUGUUCGCGUCGUCGUACCAGCAGGUUAGAGCUGGCCUCAACCCGGACGAGUUCCAAGAGGGCUCCAAGAGCGUCGAGGUGGUAGACAUCAUUCUGGACGACGACACAGACACCGAAAACCGGGCCGGGUCGCAGAAAGAGCCGGAUCGCGAGACCAAAGGCCGCCAGGAGUCGCACGAGGCCGCCUGUGACGACGAAAGCAUCUUCCCGGUGGACUACUAG